AUGUCCAACCCUCUCUGUUCCACCCAAGUCGCUCUCCACCCCGACAUACUCCCCCACAUCCUCUCUUACCUUCCUCAUGACGCCCUCUAUCCCGCCCUUUUCGUCUCUUCAACUUUUCACCGCGCCGCCGAACCGCUGCCGUACGACACUUUCGUUUACAGCCCUCGAACCAGCCAUGUGUACUCUGAGUCAGCAGCCACGGAACGUUCCUCAAAAAGACUCCGGUUCCUCCUGUCCAAGACCACAACCCUGGUGUACUCGCAAGCGCCACAUCAACGUCGGUACCCCAGCGACUCCGAGAAUAGUGUCCUCGCCAUACAUCCCCGGCUAAAGCAUCCUGUCAUUGCCCAGUGUGAUCCCCAACACCGCCCAUACCCUUCCCGGUGCUGUUUGUUGGACGACGUGCAGACUAUCGCGACUAGCCUCUCUGUCCCUUUCACCUGCCUUUUCAGUGCCAUGCGCCACGACGAGCUUUCUCUAUGGGAAGACUUUGACUGGAGGGAUGGUGAUUGCGGCCAUGGUCCUGACCAUGGUGUCGAUGUGGACGGGUCUGGAGAAUAUGGAGAUGGUCUUGAGGACGAUGAAGAUGGGACUCAGGAGGAUGAAGAUGAGCUCGAGGAAGAUGGAGACGUGCUAGGGGAUGAUCAAGUUGCUUCGGAGCAAGAUGGGAAUGUACGCAGCUGGUGUAUGGCAUGCAGCGUCUGCCGCCACCACCUAGCAGUCGACCUGCACGCAUUUCCCGCGCUGAAAGCGCUCACUAUCCGCGUGCCGUCAAAGCUGUAUAGCCAGUUCUGCUCGUACCUCCUCAAAGACAACUGGCCGCCCACCUUAGAAGAGCUUCGUAUAGUCUGGUACGACGAGACUAUGGAAGAAGAUGUUUCGCUGCCGUCUCAAAGUUUCAGUUCCACCUGCGGGCCAUUGAGGAACCUUAGAGGCUCUAUGCCAACAGGUUUACAACUACAAUCGCUCAUCGACACCGCGCGGAUUCGAGAAGGCGCACCGCAGUCCUUCAUGACCACGCUAUCGGAUAUCAUGUUGGCUCUAGCAUCGUGUCAAACACUCAGGGAGAUAAAAAUGUUUGGCCUGGAACAGUCUCUUCUGGUGAGAUCUCUUCUGUGGCUGGAGAACGUUAGUACGGGUGAUUGUAUAUCGCUUGCGAGGAAGACACUUGUCGAAUCACUUCUGUCCGAUCGGCGAGCCACCCAAUUGGAUAUCCUGCCGAUAAACGACUUUCUUUCCCUCGACUCCAAUGUCAGAUACUUUGCGCCAGAGGAACGGAGAGGUUAUGAGAAGGCGGAAAGGGUGUUGAAAACACCAUAUGUGGACGGAACAGAGACGACCUUGUUGGAGAGGGAUGAUAGGGUACCAUCUUCACGGCAGAAGGAGUCGUUGGCCUGGUUAUUGAGAAGGGAUUUGGCGAUUGGCAAUGUUUAG